UAAUGGCUGACAAAAAGAAGUUAAAAGGUGGAGCAAGGACUCAUUGUUCAGCAGUAAACUGCAUUAACAGCAAAAGAACUCGACCUGACUUAAGCUUCUUUCGUUUUCCGCGAGAUCCAUUGAGAUCAAACGAAUGGGUUCAAAACACUAGACGCCAGGACUUGUUAAAUAAAACUGCAAAUUAUCUCUAUAAUAACUGCAAACUGUGUGCAGAGCACUUUGAAGAGUGUAUGUUUCUAAACUUUGAAAAAUCACGAUUAAAAGUCCUGGCUAAGCCUACAUUAUUUAAUAUUCCAAAUCCACCACGUGCUGUUGGCCAGAAACGAAGGGCAAUUCACAAGGAAGAAAUAGGCACAAAAAGACGUAUAACAAAGGCAGAGGUGUCAAGUGUUGUAGUACAUGAUAUACCAACUGUUUCAGUGGAAGAUGAACCACAUUCACAUAAUGAAAAAGGUAUAUGA